AUUAAGCAUCAGCCAGGACGGUCAAGCACCAAUGGCUUGCGUCACUCUGAAGCGUACAUUUCAUGAGUUGAACACUCUGGAGCCGAGUCCAAAGCGACGUCGCUGUGGCGGUCCCGCUUCAGCGCCCAGCACGCCUCCAGAAAUCAUGGCACAACCUCAACCAUCAUCAUUCGCAAAAGUGACGCCAAAAGUCAACUCGGAGCAACUACCUGUGGCUAUCCACGGCGAGUGGAAACGCAUUGCAAGACGCCGGAAGCUCUACUCGCAUGGCGACGGUCAAGUGUCUCCUCGCAGUGGCUCGCCAAAGCUUCCGCUUUCGCCGCAGCUGUCGACGCCGUUCGCUUCGUCGUCCUCGAAUUCCUCGUCAGCGAGUACGGUUGGCGUGUCAGCCGCUUCGACGUCGCUCUCUCGCAGCAAAGACCAUCCGCUUUUCACACUCAAGCAAGUGACCUUGAUUGUUGAGCGACUUUGGAGGGAGAGAGAAGAGCAACUGAGGGAGGAGUACGACCGUGUUCUAAGCGAGAAAUUGGCUGAGCAAUAUGAUGCUUUCGUCAGGUUCACUCAAGACCAACUUCAACGACGGUUUACUGGUGACUCAAUAAGCUAUGUGUCAUAGACAUACUCUGUCGUUAGUGAGACUUAGGAAUAUUAGCGAUUGUGUCAUUAGCACCAUCACUUGGUGUGUCUAAAGUUAGUGUGCAUCAUAUUUUGACGCAAGCUUUGGUUUUGCGAACAGAUUACCUAUUUGUUGGGAUUCUAUUUAGACGUGUAGAACAUCAGUAAUAGAGAAAAAUCAAUAAUAACUUUCAUCUUA